CCUCCCUCCUGCCGUGGGUCCCCCCAUCUCUGCUUAGCUUCUCCACAGCCGCGGCUCCAGCACCUGAAGAGACAGAAGCGGGAGCUGGGAGCUCCGACAGGCGGCCGCGGAGCGGGACGGUCGUCCACUGGCGGCCUCCGCAUGGCCCCGCCGUGAGAGGCGGACCCAGCGACUGGGACCGGGAGCGGUCUACUGGAGUCCCAGGAGCAGCUGGGACAGGAUGGAAGCAGUGGCUGCCAUGGAGGAGGAUAAGCUCCCAUCCUCACUGCCUGAGGAAGGCGGUGCCACUUGGGACCCCAGCCUGGCACCUGAGGAGGAACCUGGGGUCCAGAAUGGAAUGGCAGCCAGUGAGGAACUGAGCAGCCGCCUCAGCAGCCCAGUGCACGAGGAGAGGGGAACCCUGGAGGAUACUGAGGAGCCCACAGAGGACCCAGAUGAGGCUCUGUCUGCCAUCAGCCUGGGCCUCUCCCUCACCAAUGGCCUAACCCUGGGGCCAGAUACGAACAUUCUAGAAGAUUCAACAGAGUCUAGGCCCUGGAGGGUUGGUGAGCUGGUGGAGGGGGAGGACAUCCCCAGGAGCCUCUGUGCAGACACUGAGGACCCUCAGCUGGGGCUGGAUGGCACCGGGGAGCCAGAUGUGCGGGAUGGCUUCAGUGCCACCUUUGAGAAGAUUCUGGAGUCAGAGCUGCUGCGGGGCACCCAGUACAGCAGCCUUGACUCCCUGGAUGUCCUGAGCCUCACAGAUGAGAGUGACAGCUGCGUCAGCUUCGAGGCCCCCCUCACCCCCCUCAUCCAGCAGAGGGCCCGUGACAGCCCUGAGCCAGGGGCUGGGAUGGGUGUGGGGGACAUGGGGCCUGAGGGGGACAUGGGGGCAGCUGGUGGUGAUGGGGAGCUGGGCAGCCCCCUGCGGCGCUCCAUCUCUAGCAGCCGCUCAGAGAACGUCCUGAGCCGCCUGUCUCUCACAACGGUGCCCAAUGGAUUCCAUGAAGACGGGCCCCAGGGUCCAGGCGGGGAUGAGGAGGAAGAUGAGGAGGACACAGACAAGUUGCUGAACUCAGCCAGUGAUCCUAGCCUGAAAGAUGGCCUGUCAGACUCGGACUCAGAGCUGAGCAGCUCGGAGGGGCUGGAGCCUGGCAGCACAGACCCGCUGGCCAACGGGUGCCAGGGGGUCAGCGAAGCUGCUCGCCGGCUGGCCCGCCGCCUCUACCACCUUGAGGGCUUCCAGCGCUGUGAUGUGGCCAGGCAGCUGGGCAAGAACAACGAGUUCAGCAGGCUGGUGGCUGGGGAGUACCUCAGUUUCUUCGACUUCUCAGGCCUCACUUUGGACCGAGCACUCAGAACCUUCCUGAAGGCAUUCCCACUGAUGGGGGAAACACAGGAGCGUGAGCGGGUCCUGACACACUUCUCCCGCCGGUACUGCCAGUGCAACCCUGAUGACAGUACCUCGGAAGAUGGGAUCCACACGCUCACCUGUGCUCUGAUGCUGCUCAACACGGACCUGCACGGACACGUGAACAUUGGCAAGAAGAUGUCCUGCCAGCAAUUCAUUGCCAACUUGGACCAACUGAAUGAUGGCCAAGAUUUUGCCAAAGACCUGCUGAAGACACUUUACAACUCCAUCAAGAAUGAAAAGCUGGAAUGGGCCAUUGACGAAGAUGAGCUGAGGAAAUCCCUGUCUGAGCUGGUGGAUGACAAGUUUGGGACAGGAACAAAGAAGGUUACCCGGAUCCUGGAUGGUGGCAACCCCUUCCUGGAUAUCCCACAGGCUCUCAGCGCCACCACCUACAAGCAUGGUGUGCUGACCCGGAAGACUCACGCCGACAUGGAUGGCAAGAGGACACCCCGUGGGAGGCGUGGCUGGAAGAAAUUCUAUGCGGUGCUCAAAGGGACCAUCCUGUACCUGCAGAAGGAUGAGUACCGGCCUGACAAGGCUCUGUCAGAGGGCGACUUGAAGAAUGCCAUUCGUGUGCAUCACGCGCUGGCCACCAAGGCCUCUGACUACAGCAAGAAGUCCAAUGUGCUCAAACUGAAGACAGCAGACUGGAGGGUCUUCCUUUUCCAGGCUCCGAGCAAGGAGGAAAUGCUGUCCUGGAUCCUGAGGAUCAACCUGGUGGCGGCCAUCUUCUCAGCCCCGGCUUUCCCAGCAGCCGUCAGCUCCAUGAAGAAGUUCUGUCGGCCCCUGCUGCCCUCCUGCACCACUCGCCUCUGCCAGGAGGAGCAGCUGCGGUCUCAUGAGAACAAGUUGAGGCAGGUGACUGCAGAGUUGGCAGAGCACAGGUGCCACCCAGUGGAGAGGGGCCUCAAGUCCAAGGAGGCCGAAGAAUACCGGCUGAAAGAGCACUAUCUCACGUUCGAGAAAAGUCGUUAUGAAACCUAUAUUCACCUCCUGGCUGUGAAAAUCAAGGUGGGCUCAGAUGAUCUGGAGCGAAUUGAGGCUCGGCUGGCCAUGCUGGAAGGGGAUGAUCCUUCUCUACGGAAGACACACUCUAGCCCUGCCCUUAGCCAGGGUCAUGGGCCUCUGACUGGCAACAAAGCCACACAGGAUGCUACUGGGUCUGAUACUUAGCUGGUGUGGACAUGCUGCAAAUGGCCCAGAGGGGUCAAUGAGCACAAUUCCAGCCUGGGGCCACCGGGACCAAGCGCCAGGCAAUUGACAGGCACCCAGAGGGGCAUGGAGAGCCCCGUGGACCAAGGAGUUGGAGAUGCCAUUCGUGGCAUUGGUUUUCUUACAUCCUGGGCCAUCUCUGACCUUGAUCUUCUCCCCAGCCCUCAUUGCCCUUUCCACACAGGGUCUCACUUUUUAGGCCAGGGUGUACCUGCUCUAGCACCUCCUCACUGGAGAAGCAGAGAGGGCCAUUGCUUCCCCUGGCCACCUUCUUCUCAUCAAGCUCCUCCCUCAUCUCCCAUGUGUGAGGGUAGGUCUGGACUCUGGGUCUCAGCUUGGACCCCUCUCCUCCCUUUUUCUUCCUCCUUCCUUUGAGUUGACCAGCAGCAGGUCUGUGGACCACCAGCACCAUCCACUCCUCCUCCCAGCGACCUCUGCAACCAGGCCCAAUUAUGCCUCACAUCGCAAUAAUCUGGGACCUUGGCCUGCCACCGCUUAGUACCAAGUUGUCUCCACGUUCACAUCUCCUUCCAUCAUGGAGGCCACUACUGUCUCCUUUUUAUACAAACAUAAAU